AUGUACAAUUAUCAGUGGCCUGAAACACCGGCUCCCUCGGUGAAUCAAAGAAACUUUCCUAACCCGGCCGCAUUUCUGGAAACUCCUUCACUCAUCGGAGCAAUCCGAGGGCAACCGCGAGCAGAAUUGAAAAGGCCCAUGCGGACUGAGAAUUCCGCUUCCUUGGACCGCUUCAAUACGGCGCACAGCACGAUGAACGAUAGUAUGCUGUUCGAUGCGAACGCGGUAAAACGACCAACACCCCAGACGAACCGUGAAGCUCCUGCAUCCAAGUAUGCCAAGCACAACGUUGCCGCGGUCAACUCAAAGGCAGAAAACGAAUCUCCGACUGGUGCUGCUGGUUCAGGGAAUACCGGCAACGGCAAACAGGAUCCAAAGGCUACCCUUCGCAUCGUUUCCGGAACGAUCCCGCACAUUUUGAAGCUCAUCCGUGAGCAACCGAAACACCCGUCGAUGGUACUGCUCGAGACGGUAGCCAACGUGCUGUCGGUGAAAGCUGGCACCAGACCGGGAGAAAAGAUCGUUUUGCUGCGUAAUCACGAGACCGGACCGAUUUUGCAGGCGAUAUUUUACGAGAUUGACCGUCAACUGUUGGCACCGCUGAACCGGGGUGAUUUGGUGCGCUGUGUUGGGCGGCUUCAGCCAUUCGGAAGUCGGUUUCAGUUACUGAAAAUCUCGCGCACAUCGGAACAGUACGAGCGUGCGAUGGUCCGAUUGCAAACGGUCAGCGCAUUCGUAUCGAAGGUGAUGCGAUGAGCACUCACAUAGCGCAAGGCAGUCUAU